AUGGUUUCCUUGCAUCUUAUUCUGCAUAUAGGAUGUACCGAGCCUCAACCUGUUCUGCAUGCCUACAGAUAUACUGACAAUACCAGCCUGUCAGAGGGUAGCUGGGUCAAAUACACCUGUUAUCAUAAUUACUAUUGGAUAAGUGGAGAUCUCAAUAGAGAAUGUCAGGCUGGUGCAUGGACUGGUCAACCUCCUAUCUGUGGUGAAUGUACCGAGCCUCAACCUGUUCUACAUGCCUACAGAUAUACUGACAAUAUCAGCCUGCCAGAGGGUAGCUGGGUCAAUUACACCUGUUAUCAUAAUUACCAUUGGAUAAGUGGAGAUCUCAAUAGAGAAUGUCAGGCUGGUGCUUGGACUGGUCAACCUCCUGUUUGUGAUGUUUACAAAAUAUUGUCUCCAGCUCGUUCAGCUAUUCCUAAACCAAGUAGCUUGGGUGGUAAUGGUAACUCUCUUACUGAUGGUGAUGAACGGACUUGUGAAAGUACCACCGCCUCGACAGAACCGAGUUGGACCAUUGAAUUUAAUGGCACUAAAUAUGUGUAUUCUGUUACGUUAACUUCAGACAGCAAUAUCUUUAUAAACCGAAUUGGAGUUGAUGUUCGAAACAGAACACAGCAUCACGAGAUUCUGUGUCGUACUUUAUACUCAUCAAUUCCAUUGACCGAUAUUGUUGAAGUUAUUUGUCCACCUAACACUAUUGGUAGUCAAUUAGUGAUAGGUUCUAGAACUGGUCUAUAUGGUAGACUCGGUUUAUGUGAAGUAAAGACCUUAGGAAAAGACUGGUUGUAUGAAUGUGGAGAUCCGCCGUUUGUUUAUGGAGCUGAAGUAACUAGUGACUAUAUAUCACAAGGUCUAGUGGUCGUUCGGUAUUCUUGUGUUAAAGGAUUUUAUUAUGGUGGAAAGAAUCCAGAGUCUACUUGUCGUAGUGGACAGUGGAGUAAAGUCGAUUUACUCUGUCUUCCAUACGACUCUCUGUACAACCCUAAACUGAGAGAAUUUAAUCAAGUUCACUCUGUUCUACACGAUGGUGAUCAGAAUACCUGUAUCGAAAUUAAUGAGGCGGUUACUGAAGACUCGCCAAUACUCUACAGAAUAUUACAACUUCACCUGUACUCGAAGAAACCUGUAGAACUAUUAAAUGUUACUGUAACUAUUGGAGUAAACGAGACGUGGGACGAUAUAGAUUUUGUUGGUGUUCCUGUACCUCUCCCGGAUUAUAAAGAAUAUGAUGCUCCACCAUGCGAGUAUGAUGGUUUGAGUACAGAUCUAUAUCGAGUGAGAACCUUCUCCUGCCAACCCUACACCUACUCAAAGAUCUUGAACGUUAUAAUUAGAGAUGUUUCAUCGAAUUUCAAAGAAUUUUGUGAGAUUAAAACAACAAUAAGAUCAGACACUACUCCUUUAGAGUGUAUACGAGGAGAGUAUAUCAAUGAAUAUAAAGGGAAGAUGAACUAUACAUGGGAUGGGAAAGUCUGUGACAACUGGGCUGAUGCUCCACCAGAUAAAGCCAUCAAUACCACCGUCCAUAAAACAUUUGAUCCGAACUAUUGUAGAAAUAUUGGGGGAGAAAAGAGAAGACCCUGGUGUUGGGUUGAUAAUUACCAAUCUGUAGGAUAUUGUCCUCUAGCUUUCUGUAAUGAAAUAUGUCAUUUAAAAGAAGAAUAUACCGAGUAUCAAGGGCAGCAAUCCAUCUCAACUUCUGGUAAAAACUGUCGAUAUUGGAGUGAUGGAAAUGAGGAAGGACGAACGUUCUUGAAUGAAGUUUUUUCUGAUGUACAAACUAGAUCUUACUGUAGAAAUCCGGGAUAUUCUCAGUUCAAAGCCUGGUGUUAUGUUAAUGGUCCAGCGUCUUCGAUUGAAGCUGAACCAUGUGAUGUUCCCGAAUGCCCAACUGAUUUUCUGCAGCUGACCGUCAGAAAUAAUGAAACUAGUAAUUUUCCUCUUCACCUUGACCAAUGUUACCAACCACUCAACUCUUUCAAUGUCCAUCAUUAUUUUGAUCUGACGAUAGACCAAAACAGUGUCAAUAACUUCUGUAGAAAUUCUCAAGAUAGUUGGUUGUUUUGUUUUAAUGGUGUGGAUUGGAUAAGGAUAGAAUUUGAAUGCUUUGAUACCACCAGUAUGAUGGCGACUACAUCAAUGGUACCGUCAUCAACAGAUUCCUGCUCGCAGACAUCAUCAAUAGAAACGUCAUCGGCAGUUAGCUCCACAAUACAGUCAAGUUUCUUACUGGAUCUCCAAAGUUCUUCGAUUGACGCCAGUACUUCCGAGGUCCUAUCUGUUAUUACGACCAAGAAUAUGUUAAAGUGUGUGUCCAUUGCUUCAGUAAGUGAUGUCAGUGCAUCAGGAGGGCUAUAUAAGACCAAACAUGAGGUUCUGUACCAGUCUACAGUCUAA